CUAACCGUGGGAGAGAAGUUAGGUUUUAGGAUUCAAGUCCACCCCUCUUCAAAGUAACGGCUUUUCUGUGAGGGUCUCCUCUAUAGACUUCGACACAUUUUAUUUUAUUUUUCGGAUCGAAACUUCGACGAAUUUUUGUAGGCAAACUACGUGAGUAGAGGAAUCGGUGGGCUAUAGACUGGUAAGCGCAAACACAUACACGCGCGCACUCAAACACUCUCUCUCUUCACCUUUGAAAGAGAAAUUCUUUUCAUUUAGUGGUUUGCGGAGAGUUAUUGAAGAAGAUGGAGCAUGGGUCUCACUCAGACAACAGUAAAUCAACGUUUUCUUUGGUUGAUGAGGAUCACACGCUUGCAAACGCAGUCAGAUUCACCUUGAACCAAGAUCCAAGGGUUUCGUUCUGCGGGUAUAGCAUUCCUCAUCCUUCAGAGAAUCGAGUUAAUAUUAGAGUCCAAACGACAGGUGCUCCAGCACAAGGGGUAUUGAAAGAUGCAUGCCAGGAUCUAAUGAUAAUGUGCCAGCAUGUGAGAAGCACCUUUGACAAGGCUGUUGCUGAUUACAAAAUGAGAAACCCCGAGGGAUGCAAAUAGUGACUGAUGAUGUUGAGAAGGAUAAUGAUAUGAAAUAGAGUGAACCUUUUGACUUUUGUCUUCCUUAGUAUAUUACUCUUGAUUAUCAUUGUAGUUCAAGAUACAAGCUUUCAAAUCAGCUCUCAUAUUCAAUCAAUUUGACAAGUUCCUUUGUUUACAAGCA